UGGUGACUCUUGUCAUAAUUCUCUGAUCAAGAAAUAGAGAAAUAUAUGAACAAAACCAAGUUUGAUGUGCCACCGUUUUUGCUCCUCGAAGCAUCUGCGGAUUCCGAUGGCGGAGGCACCAUUCAGAUCCAUGGUUUCCUGGACGACGGCGAAUCCAUUGAUAAGUCUUGUAGUGCCAGUUUGUACGAGACGUCUUGUGUGACGGGGACGAGUCUUUUUCAUCCUGAGGAGGAGGAUACGGUGAACGAAGAAAGAAUAUUCACCGCUGUAGCAGAGGAAGAUGACGAGGACGGAGAAGGGGAGGUGAACAGCUACAUAAGAUGCGGGAUGAGCCAGCUUGUAAAACUGAGCGUUGAUUCUACCCAGGUUGUGAGUGAGAUGGACAAAAGUCGAAUGUUCUGGGAAGCUUGUCUCGCUUCUUAAUAUAUCAGUCUUAUCUUGUCCCGCCGAGAAAACAAAAAAAAAUAGAGAGAAAAAACGAUCGAAUACCCUACUAAUACGUCGUCUAGCUUAGGUUAAAUACAUGUCUAGUUUCCUCUUCUUUUUUUGUGCGGUUUUUGAUUGUAAUUGUGCCUAUGAAUGCCCUUAUAUCCACCCAUCAAUUGUGUCCAUUGAAGAGUCAAAAUCUU